AUGAAAGCCGCUCGCUUCUACGACCACCACGAUAUCCGCAUCGAACAAGUUCCCGCCCCCAAACCCGAUGCGGAGCACGUUCUGGUCGAUGUCGUCUGGGCUGGAAUCUGCGGUACAGAUCUUCACGAAUACCUCAUCGGUCCAAAAGCCAUACCUACCAAGGACAAUCCCCAUCUGUUGACGGGUGACCACCUCCCCGUCACUCUCGGUCAUGAGUUCUGCGGAUACGUCGCACACGUCCCGGAGGCUGCUGUUGAUGCAUCGGGAGCACCAUUGCGUACAGGACAGCCGGUCAUGGUCGACCCGAGGCUGAACUGCCGCUCAUGCUAUGCUUGUCACGGCGGCGACUCCCACCUCUGUGGCAAGUGGGGUUUCCUGGGCCUGCAUGGUGCGGGAGGUGGUGGCUUCUCGGAAACUUGUGCCGUACUGCCGUCGAUGUGCUACUCAUUACCAGAAGACACGCCACUCGAGCAUGCUGUGCUCAUCGAACCCUUGGCCGUCGGUCGACAUGCACUGGUCAAGUCCGGGCUCGCUUUAGACGAAUUCAAGUCAAAAUCGGUGCUAGUACUCGGAGGGGGACCAGUGGGGUUUGCCGUUCUUUGCAACCUAGCCGCCAUCGGUGUGCAAAAAGCGUUUGUUUCAGAGCCGGCAAAAGCCCGACAAGAUCUCGUCAAAAUUUACGCCGACCAAGUACUCGAUCCUACGAAGCACAAUGUACCCGACGAGUGCCGUGCGUCCACGGACGGCAGGGGCGUUGAUGUAGUCUUUGACUGUGCAAGGAUUCCACCGGCCAUGAAAGACGGCUUCGAUGCUUUGCGGCCAAAGGGAGUCUACGUCAAUGUUGCGGGCUGGGAGGUGGACUUUAUCAUUCCAAUGGAGUAUCUCAUGCCGAAAGAAAUCACGAUUCGCUCCACACUGGCAUACGACGAUAAAGACUUUGGAGAUACUGUGAAGGAUUUCAUCGCAGGCAAAUACAAAGGCGUGGAAAGGAUGAUUACGGCUCGGAUUUCAUUGGACGACCUCGUACAAGAAGGCUUCGACCAGCUCGUAGCAAAGAAGGAUGUGCAUUCCAAGAUCAUUGCAACUCCCAAAGCGGGUCAGAUCUAG